GUGGAAAAGAGUGUGAUUAUAUACACAAGGACACUGUCAGUCUGAAGGACUGCGAUUUUCCAGAGGCCACUCUGACCGGUUGAAGUUUUGAAAGUACUAUCAUUUCCACCGACGACAAGCUCGGUAAGAAGCUCGACGAUAUAGCGAAGCAAGUCGAGCAAGUCGAACAAGUCGGAAACACUCGCAGCUCUCAUUCCCCUCGGCGCAUCUCCAUCAUGGCAUCUCAUUCCCCUGCCAGGUCCAUGGUGAGGACGUUCAUUCGCAAUUAUUCCGCCCCGGUCGACUCCUCUAUUCCUGCCAACAAGCUCAAGUAUGUUCCGACCUCGGGCACGUAUCCCAAAGGCUUCCGUGUGAGCGGCACACAUGUGGGUGUGAAGGCUUCCAACACGUCCAAACCAGAUCUUGCCUUUAUAACAUCCGACACUCCAGCCUCGGCCGCCGCCGUCUUCACCACAAACAAAUUCCAAGCGGCGCCCGUGCAGAUCAGCAAAGCGGUUCUUCAAUCUCGAGGCGGCGCCAACCUUCGCAGCAUCAUCAUAAACUCGGGAUGUGCAAACGCCGUCACGGGCAAAGGUGGUAUGGAGGACGCCCAAGCCAUGUCCGACACGGCCACCGCACAGUUCCAACAAUCGUCCCAGCCAGAGGACGACAAUCUCGGAUCGACCAGUCUGGUCAUGUCGACGGGAGUGAUAGGCCAACGCCUACCGAUCAAGAAAAUCCUCGCCGGGAUCCCCACGGCCUACCAAAACCUCGACAACGACCACAACGCCUGGCUCACCACGGCGAAGGCCAUCUGCACGACCGACACGUUCCCCAAACUCCUCAGCACGACAUUCACGCUCCCCUCGGCCUCGCACCGGGGGACACAGUACACGCUGGCCGGCAUGACCAAGGGAGCAGGCAUGAUCCACCCCAACAUGGCGACCCUCUUGGGGAUUUUGUGUACCGACGCGCCCAUCUCCCCGGGCGCCGCACAGUCCCUCCUCACCGACGCGGUCAACAAGUCCUUCAACUCCAUCUCCAUCGACGGCGACACGAGCACCAACGACACGGUGGCACUCCUCGCCAACGGAGCGGCCUCCCCUUCGCCGGACGCCCCGGCCGUCUCCGACGACCCGUCCGACCAAGACUACGCGGCCAUGGCGUCCGUCCUGACGUCGUUCGCCCAACGGCUCAGCCAGCUCGUCGUGCGCGACGGCGAGGGCGCGACCAAAUUCGUCCAGGUCACCGUCCGCCGGGCGCCGUCGCACGCCGACGCCAAGGCCAUCGCGAGCACCAUCGCCCGCUCGCCGCUCGUCAAGACGGCCCUGUACGGCAAGGACGCCAACUGGGGUCGCAUCCUCUGCGCCAUCGGCUACACCCCCGGCAUCUCGCCCGACGCCGUCGUCCCUGGCAAGACCAACGUCAGUUUCGUCCCUGCGGAAACCUCAAAGUCCAAGGACGAAGGUGUCCUCGACCUCCUCGUCAACGGCGAGCCCGAGGCCGUCGACGAGGACCGCGCCGCCCGGCUGCUCGAGGACGAGGACCUGGAGAUCGUCGUCGACCUGGGCACCGGCGACCAAGAGGCCAAGUACUGGUUCUGUGAUUUCAGCCACGAGUACGUCACCAUCAACGGUGAUUAUAGGACUUGAGGUUUUUAAACACCUAGGCGCUCAUCCCGCGUCACGCACAAAAGGGGCCGGGAUUUG